CACACACACACACACACACACACACACACACACACACACACACACACACACACACUCAGACCCACAGCAGCUGUGAUAGUCAGACCUCAAAAUAAACCCAUGUGCUGCAACUAGAACUACCUCCAAAAGAUAAAGUGUGUAGCGAGUGCUAGGGAGAUAGUAGUGUUACCCAGUAAUGGAAAGAUAUCCAUACAUUGGAGAUGUGUUGUUUACCCCCUCUUACUGUAACACUGAAAAAGUAACAGUAGCUUAGACAAAACUCUGAAACUAAAACCUGAAAAAAAAAGUUUUCUGUAAACACUUUCACAGUUUCCUUUUAAAAAUAGUAUAUUUGUAUGCUUAUUCUAGGAACAAUCUUUGUGUUGUGAUAGAUAAACAGAUUUAGUUUCAGAGUAAUUGUGAACACUGUAGAAACAAAGUGAAUGACAAGCCCUACCUACCACUCUCUGAUUGACAUUUCUGAAGGUGUAGGGCCCACAGAGUGCUCAGGGGGUUCAGUCUGUUCACAUCAUGCCUAAACCCUUGAAGUUAUUUUCUGGUUUAGCACUGCGAGACAGAAGUCCUGUCCUGUCACACACUACAGUUAUUUGUGUCACUACUGUAAAUAAAAAAGCUUAUUUUGUGUCAUGAGCUUGUUAUGUUUCUCUAGUGGCAGCUGAUGGGAUUUUCCUUAUAACUCCCAGUAACUGUCUUCCUUAUGUCCUCUGAGGUGAUGGGAAGGUGAUUGAACAGUUCACUCACUGGGGUUUACAUGUGAAGAGGAACGUACAAAUACAAACAGAAUUUAUUUUUUUCUGGAAAAGUUUGUUGUUUGAAGGCCAGGUAACAUGUUUUGUGAAUCUUUUUGAUACAGAUUAAUCUAUUCUGAAACCACGUCCAGGAAAACAGCAGGGUAUGCUUUGAAACUGUGAAGUAAGAAUGGUUUAGUCUGUCAGUUCUAGUGUAAGAAAUUUGUACAUGGAACCUAUUUCCUGAUUAUGGCAUAUAUUUCCCACAUUUGUAGAUGACCGUACAAAAGAGUGCCCACAAGUAAUGGAAUUGUGUGAGAGAAUUCCUCAAAUGAAGUUGGUUGCUUUUUACUUGAGCCCUUGGUCUUAAAUCUAACAGAACCAUAUCAUAAACAUGUUAUGUCAGAUGCCACAAACCGCAUCUGGGGACUUUUAAGAAUAAUGUACCUAUUGUGAGAUAACAAAUUUGCACUGUAAGCAUUCUAUUUGCUCUGUCAUCCUGGAAAUCCCAGUACCAAUCAAGUGAGCUAUAUCAGACAUGGCCGUUUAAAAAAAAAAAAACAAGUGCUCGUAGUGCUAAAGGUCUUGUGAGGUGUCGGUUUGUUGAAUCCAUCUGUCAAUUUAAAGCAGUUCUCCUCUUUUCCCUGGGCUACUGAGCAUACAGGUCACCCAGCUGAAAAGCCUGGAGCUUUUCUGUUGACUCGCUGCUCUUCUGUUGCAGAGAGGGCAUUGUAACAGGCCAGUGGCUCUGCUCUCUCUCUGUCUGCUCGCUCGGCUAUUCAGAUCCUCCACUCAGUAGCCGUUUUCAGCGUCAGACCUCCGAUCAUGUCGACCUGACCUGCUUUGUCUGUGGCGCUCGUGCUGUGUGCUGCGCUGCGCUGCGCUUGCCUUGGAGGGAGGGGGGGGAGGAGAGGUGGAACGUGUACCCUGGAUGGGGCCUGUCUCCAGCUCCCUCACUGAUGGAUCAGGGCUGGCAUGAAGGAAGACCCUGCACUCCAGCCAAAUGGGGAGGACUAACAACUCACCGCCUGGACUCCGCUUGGUGCAGUGGCUUUUUUCUUUCUUUGGGGGCUUUACCUGCCUAGUAGGGUUAUAAUCGCCAUUGAUUUACUGACAGAAGAGUCAUGUACAUUCUGUCUGAGUAAUACUGAGAACUUAGACUGGGUUUACUUAAACUUACUUUUCUUGGCUUUCAGAGGGUUUUAUGUGGAUGUUUUGGAGUCUAUACACCAACGGGACCUUUAAUAAAUCUAAAAUUAGUUUGUUCAAUAGAUCAAAUAGGUUUUAUAUUCACAGUUUUAGUCAUAGUUUCACUCGGUUUCAGUUUUUCAUACUGUAUUUAAGGUAAAAUAAAUAUAUUUGUUUUGGAGGGCUUUAGCUAAAGUGGUCUCCCCCUCACCUGUUUUGUUGUGUGGUGUGAGGGCGGUGUCUUUUUUUUGCUGACGGAGGUCAGGGGGGAUUAUGAAGGGAGCACAUGUCAAUUGCUUUUGUGUGGCCCUUUUUGUUGCGUGUGGGUACCUCGUGAGUACACUGGUGCAGGUCUGGGGGAAUGAAAAGGAAACAUGCAUUCACAGGGGCUUUGCACUGCUGCAAAGGUCAUUCGGAGCAACAGAGUGUUACAGCUAGAGUCUGACAGAUGCCAGCAGUUCGGCAAUGAAGGCCAAGCAUCAGAGAUUAGCUGAACUUAUAGAAAAGGGACUAAACCAUGUCUUUAAACUACAUCAAGAACUUUUAUGAAGGAUGUGUGAGUACGCAUAGGGUUGAAUUUGAGAACUUUAUGUUUUCUUUAUCAGUUAAGACCAGAAACAAGAGAGAUGCUCUGUAUUACUUGACAAUUCCCAGUUUUACCCAUUUGGAUUGCAGUUAUUGUUUAAUUUUUUUAAUAGCAUAAAUGGCAAACCACGGGAUUGUGUUUUUUUCAGUAUUAAGAAAGGGGGUUGUUUUUUAUUUAAAAUGGAUGAACUAUGACAAUUUGCUAUAAUAUAAGGUUUUCUCUACAUAUCUUCCUCUCUGUGUGUUAUCUGUCUUUAUGUCUGUCUGGCUGUCUGUUUGUCUGUCUGUGUACGUCUGGCUGUGUGUCUAUCUACCUUUGUAUUUAUAUAUCUGUCCUGUUCUUUGUGAUCCAGCUGCGGCCUCCCACUGUGAUUGGCCAGUUCCACACUUUGUUCUUUGGCUCUGUGCGCAUGUUCUUCUUGGGGGUUCUGGGAUUUGCAGUUUACGGAAAUGAAGCCCUUCACUUUAGCUGUGAUCCAGACAGCAGGGAACUCAACCUCUUCUGUUAUAACCAGUUUCGACCGAUAACUCCGCAGGUUUUCUGGGCCUUGCAACUGGUGACUGUUCUCGUACCUGGGGCUGUUUUCCACCUCUAUGCUGCUUGCAAGAACAUUGACCAGGAGGACAUCUUAGAGCGGCCCAUCUACACUGUCUUCUACAUCAUAUCUGUGCUCCUGCGGAUCAUUCUAGAAGUGGUGGCCUUCUGGCUUCAAAGCCACCUGUUUGGCUUCCAAGUGCACCCCCUGUACAUGUGUGACGCCAGCGCGCUGGAGAAGGCCUACAACUUCACCAAGUGCAUGGUGCCUGAGCACUUUGAGAAGACCAUCUUCCUCAGCGCUAUGUACAUUUUCACCAUCAUCACCGUUGUGUUGUGUGUCGCUGAGAUCUUUGAAAUACUUUGCAGGAGACUUGGCUAUUUAAGCAGUCCAUGACCCUUCGCUUUAACCAACAUCCAAACAAACACACACAAACGCACACACCUACACACACACACGCACACACCCAAACCCCCAAACAUCCAAACAUUCACCCAUUUACAUACAUACGAACACACACACACACACACACACACACACACACACCUACUCUCUCUCUCACACACAUGCAUACUCAACAACACACAAAAGCGGGGGAGUAUACGUACCUCAAGAAAACGAAUGUCUAUUCAUAACUGUUUUGUGGUGUACAUGAUAAUAGGAUUAUACUUGAUUACAGAAUAUACGUGUGGUUGGCUACUGGGGCACUGGACUUUUGCUUUCCUACAUGUGAAAUGAUCAUCUGAAGAUGUUUCAUAUGUGGUAUUUGUAAAUAAUUGUCAAACAUCCAUCCAACUUGAGUGACAUUAUUCUCUACUAAAGGCCAGGAUUUAUGAAAUGCUUUGUUGCAUCCAAAAGGUUUUAGUGGCAAGUGCAUGAUGUGAGAUCAUCAACACCACUUGUGAGAUCAUUAUCAAAUACUACAGGGUACUACAAACUUUUGUAUGUGCUCAAGUAAUCCAUAAUUUUGGCCGUAAGUGUAUAAUCUCAGGUAGAAUGUGACAUACUGUGAAGUGACUGGAUUUGUACUGGAUUUAUUUUAUCCCAUUCAAAUUUGAUACACAGGACUAACCACCAUUUUAUCUCUAUUUCUCAUGAUUUCUCUUUGAGUAGUAUCUUACUAAAAUCAUUAUUUAGAGGCCUUUUUUCCUCUGUGUCACUGUACUGUCUGGUGUAGUGUUACUGUUUAACUGUUGCCUGUGACUAUGGCUUUGUGUCAAUUACAUUUUUUGAGGCUAUUUCAUUUGAGGGUGUCUACACAUUGAGGUAUCUGCAUUUAUUAAACCGGUGUAUCACA